AAUGACCCUACCGGAACUUGUUACAGUGGUGCUGUGGUGCUACGCCGACCGAUUGAAAACAGUCGGACAACCAAAGCGCAAACAAAACUUGUUCAACCUGUAUGAUGUUGUAGCUAAAAACUAUUUAUUUAUUAUUGAUUACUUGUAUUUAAUCAAUAACGAUGUGGGUCGCCAGGCGAUUUCUGUCGUCGGUCGCUCAGAGAAGUCAGUAUGCAGGACAGUCUGGCUUAUUCCGUCGCCCUCCGCACGGCUGCCUCCCUGAGCUGGAGCUGCGGUAUCUCCAGUGCACAUGUUGCUGGCGGAGCCGGGUUCCCGUGGCAGGCUUUGAGACCCUGAACGCCACCAUCUCCUCCACGUCUGAGCCCUGCAAAGAGGACAACAGAUCCCUGGAUGCCUGCUACACCUCCGAGCAACGAGACGCCAUCCUCCAGCUGCUCAACACCGCCACGCCGUCAGAGAUGGCAGGCGUCAAGCUCCUGAGAGGCCGCAAGUCGCUCAACAUUGUGGAAUACAGGACUAAAAACGGACCCUUUAAAACUCUGGAGAGUGUGGUGAAUGUACCGCUGCUGAAGCACAAAAGUGCUGUAAUAGUGUUCAACUCCAUUCUCAACCCGGUUAAGAAAGAGAGGAAAGUGAGGAUUCAGUUGGCAAAGUUUAUCAGGCCAGAGGUUGACAGGUCCUGGUUGGAGGACGCCACUAGCAUUGUGUCACUAGUAUGUGGAACUAAUAAAAUCGCAUGGGCUCAUGUGGACCGUGGGAUGACAGUACUGGAUUGGCAACAGCUGGAAUGUCCAAAUUUCUUGAGGGGAACAUACAUGGCUUCUGCUUACUUGAAUGAUGUUUCCACAGUUCUGGCACUCCUCCCAUCAGCUGACUUCUACGUAAUAGAGAAAUCGUCUAUCUCCGUACAGAAUACGGCUCUGUUCCCUGUCAUGGCCCACAUGAGGACUGUGGAGGCCAUGCUGUUUGCGCUGCUUGAGCCAAGAAAGUCAUCACCUGAGUCCAACAUUCCUCCAAGAGUUUUGAACAUGAUGCGUAUUGCUGUGGGACGUCACUUUGGACUCAUGGUGGGCGAGUCCCGGACCAGUGGAGCACAGACAGUGCGACAGCUGAUGACUGAGUCGGUAACACAGAAGCUUCCCAGGAUAAACUUCCCCCCAGAGCUGCUGGUGAAAUACAGGAAUUACUUUCAGAUGGGCAGCAGAAGAGGAGGAGAGGAACUCUGUGAUGCUCUGCUUCAGGCUGUUGCUUUUUAUGAGCUGCUCAGCGAAUCUUCCAGUUAGCCACUACAUGGGCUGAUCUGAUGCCUGAACGUGCACUACAUCCGCU